CUGUUGGUUGGCAGGCGCAAACGGGGCGAGCAAACACAAAACAACAAACAACAACAGCAGUGACCGUGAAUUGAUUGAAGGGGGUUUGCACAGUGGCGGCAGUUGGACAUCAUGAGCGAUGCACCGGAACCUGCGCAGCCACAGUUGCACACAGUUGAACAACAACAGGACUCAGACGCCUCACAAACGGGACCAGUGCAUGUGACGGCAGGCAAUGAGGUGCACGUCAUCACUGCGGAGCAAGAUCAGGCCAGGAAACAGGGCCCACUCGAAACAACGCUCCUGGAGUACUUUCAGCAGGCAGAUCAGGACGGUGACGGUGUAUUGUCGUUUGAGGAGUUUGCACAGGUCUUCACACCAGAGCAACUUGGUGUUUCUCUCACCCAAGAGGACCUCAAGGCGUUGUUUGAUCUAGUGGACACGAACGGCAGCGGCACCAUCGAGUAUGCCGAAUUUGGCCCACGUGCACGCGAGGCGCUUGUGCAGAAGCUCUCUGCAAGCAGCACAACACAGGGGGACUGGCUGGAAAUUUACUCGCGCACAGAAGGCAUCUUGUACCUCAACAAGGCGACGGGGGAGGCGCAGUACGAUCUGCCGGAAUCGCACACGGGCAGCGAGGACGAGAUUGUGGCAGACGCGUUUGCUUCACAUUUCAUGUCGCGCGAUCCAGCCAACACGGGGCUGGUGGACUUUAACACAUUCUGCAUCGACCUGCAAACGGAUCAGCUUGGGCUGUUCCUGACUGCCGAGGAAGUGGAGGCAAUAGUGCAGGUCCACCCGCCUGUUGAUGAGCAAGGCACCAUGAACUACAUGACGCUUGCUCCACUCAUGCGCAAUUACGUCACCCAGCUCUAUGCAGGGCGACAGCCCAUCCCAGGCCAUUGGGUGCGCCUUGUCUCGCGGCACUAUGGCACGUUCUGGCUGAACAAGAUGACGGGGAGCGUGCAGUCUGAGGUGCCCAUGGAUGUGAUUCUGGCAGCACAGGCGGCUGAGGGCGGUGUUGUCCCGCCAGUCGUGGAGGGCAGCAGCGCGGCAGAUGCACAGCGGCUGCAGGAGCUGCUGGCGGAGGUGGAGCGGCUGAAGAAGCAAGGCGGUGACGCUGCGGCAGCAAAACAAGCACAGGACAAGGUUGCAGCGUUGGAGGAAAAAGUGAAAGCACAAGAGGAGGAGCUUGCUGCACUUAAGGAAGAGCGCGAGACACUCGCAACCGCACAAGGCGGGGACCAGAAAGAGCUGUCAGAUGCGCUGCGAGCGAAACACGAGCUGGAGCAGCAGCUGGCGCAGACGAAGAAGAAGGCCGAGGCGGACGUGACCUCGCUCUCAAAGCGCUUGACACAGGCAGAGGCGACGGCUGCGGCAGUGACGGCAGAACUCAACGAGACAAAGGCCGCUUUCGAGGCAAGCCGACAGCAGUGUGAGAAGCAGGAAGCGGAGUUGAAGACGCUGAAGCAGCGAACGAAGGCGUUAUCGCGUGACUCGGAGCAAAUCAAGGCGCUCCAGGCAACGGUGGAUGACCUCAAUGCAAAGCUCAAGGAGGCGAAGGCGCUCGGAGAUGAGCGAGCAAAGACGCUGCAGCAGGCGCGCGCACAGAUCAAAUCGCUCAAGGAGCGAACGGUGAAGGCGGACGAGGAAUCAACACAGAUGGACCGCUUGCGAGAACAGCUCCACGAGCAGCGAGAGCUGUAUCGAACGACAAAGGUGUUCCUGGACAGCAAGACAAAGGUCAUCCAACAGAAGAACGAACAAAUCCGCGCUCUGCAAGAGAGAGCUGCUGCGUUGGAACAACAGGACGAGAAGCGAGCGCAGAUCCUGGAGACGCUCUUGGAGCGAACGACAAACUUGCAGGCGCAAAUGGCCGAGCCAGACCCGUCCCUCGCACUGGAGGCAUCACCAUCACGCCGCCGCACCCUCAGCUCAUCGCCCACGGGCGGUCGAACGCGUCGCGGCAGUGCUGGCGGUGCCCACCACCCGCCCGACACCAACGGCACCCUGCGCACACCGCACCACCAGGGGAAGACCCCAAGCAGAGGCGCUCGCCGCACGUCGCGCACGGCCCAGAAGCCGAUGUUUCCUCCUAUUUCGCGCGGAUCAAUGGCGUCGCAACCGCUGAACAUCGACCAGGAACUCAAACUUGAGGAGGUUGACGCGGCUGCGAGCCACGUGCGGGUGGGGGAUCGCGUCCUUGUUCGCGGUCCUCUUGUUGAUGGUGUCGUCAAACAAUACACUGGCGUGGUGAAGUAUGUUGGCCGGCUGGACAGCGAAGUGAUUGACUACAACAUCUACGCGGGCCUGAAGAUGGACGACCCCAUUGGCGACACAGACGGGCUCUUCAAGGGCAAGCGCUAUUUUCGGUGUCCCGAGCGACACGGCCGCUUUGUGGCCGUUGGCGAUAUCAUCAGCGUCGUCGCUUCGAGGGCACCACGCCGCCGUUCUGUGCGACAAGAGAAUAAGUCGACAACAGCGUGACUGUAUUGUCGCUGAGUCGGUAUUGUCUGGUUUUUUCUCCCCUCCCCUCUUCCCCCAUCCACUUGCGCCAUUCGUUUUAUUUCUGCUUUGCAUUCGUUACAUGAACGUGUAUUUGUGUGUCGUUUGGUUGUGCUUGCUUGCUUGCUCGUCGUUUUGUGAUCGCUCUUCGUAUUCUUGUGGACGUUGUGUUUCAUUCAUUGCCCCGGUUUGAUUACUUUGACAACUCCCCGCGCCCCACACGUGUCUCUUGUUGCCACGAGUGUAUGUAUGCGAUUGAUUGCUCCUCCCUCCGCUCCUACGCCCUGUUUGUUGCGUUGCUGUGCGUCUUGCGGUCUUUCAUUCAAUGUCUGCACACCCACUGCCGAGGUCAGUGGGAGGUAUUCUUUCCUGCGAGUACACCAACAUUACAUAAACAACAACAACAACA